AUGCGUUGCGCAAGCGAAGCGGCGUGUCGACCACUAGGAGUGCUCGCAGUGGGCCUACUGGCGCUCCAGACACCCCUAUCUUCUGCCGCGUCGGAGCCCUUUGAUGCUCGCGAGGCAACCAUUGAUGGUGUUCAUAACGCCCUGUUCACAGGCCUUACGACGUGUCGUGGUGUGGUAUCCUCGUUCCUGUCCCGGAUUGAGACCUUCAACCCCACCAUCAAUGCCAUCAUCAGCCUGAAUCCGGACGCGCUCUCGGUGGCGGACGAGCUGGAUCGAUCAUUGGCCGCGGGCAAUGUGACCGGGAAGCUCUUCUGCAUUCCGAUACUGUUGAAGGACAACUACGAUGCCACAGGAAUGAACACCACGGGUGGCAACCUGGACCUGGCCGGAAACCGCCCCGCUAUAGAUGCCCCGACCGUAAAGGCUUUCAAAAAUGAGGGGGGGAUCAUCUUGGGCAAGGCCAACCUGCACGAGCUGGCGCUGGAGGGGAUCUCUGUAUCGUCGCUCGGCGGGCAGACUAUCAAUCCGUAUGACCAUACGCGCACGCCGGGCGGGAGCAGUGGUGGCACAGGAGCUUCGAUCGCGACAAGCUUUGCCGUUUUCGGCACGGGCACAGAUACAGUGAACUCGCUUCGCAGUCCAGCGAGCGCGAAUAGUCUUGUCAGUGUCCGCCCGACCCGCGGAUUGAUCACGAGAGCCGGAGUGGUCCCUAUCAGCUAUACCCAGGAUACCGUUGGGCCGAUAGCGCGCAACAUCAAGGACCUUGCCGUUGCGUUGACGGUGAUGGCGAGUAUAGGGUUUGACAGCCACGACAACGUGACGGCAUUGGCGCCACCUGAUGCGAUUGGAAAAGACUACUCAGCGGAGCUGUAUGGAGGGAGUUUAGAUGGAUUGAGACUCGGAGUACUGGAUGGCUUCUACAACCAUACGGCAUCUGCUGAGACGUCACCCGUCAACGGAGCGAUGGCGGACAUGCUCGAUUUUCUAAGAGCAGAGGGGGCCGAGAUAGUCAACGUUACAGACACGCUUUACAAUGCGACUGCCAUCGCAGCCAAACUUGAUGUCCAGACCUCCGAGUAUCGCCAACUAUUGAACGAAUACCUUUCUGGUACCAACCUGUACGGAACUGCGCCAGCAUCGUUCAACGAACUGUACACAAGCGGCAAAUUCGUGGUAAUUCCGAGCCAAUACAACUAUGUCAACACCGCCUUCGUCUCGUCGACAAGCAAUGCGUCGUACGCAGUCGCUAAGCUUGGUAUUCAGAACCUCACCACAGCACUUCGAACAUCAUUCUCGGACCACAAGCUCGAUGCAGUUAUAUACCCUGAGCAGAAGAACUUGGUCGUGAAGUUGGGUUCACCAUCGCAGAGCGGCCGGAACGGCAUUUUGGCCGCUCUUACGGGUUCCCCUGUGGUGACUGUGCCUGCAGGCUUUUCUCCUGCCUCGGAGGACGCGCCUAUUGGUGUUCCAAUUGGCAUGGAAAUCCUUGGUCUACCUUUCACCGAAGGCAAGCUUUUGAACAUUGCUGCCCACAUCACGCAGCGGUAUCCCGUCCGCAAGAUGCCGUCUUUCGCAAAUCAGUCUCUUGAGACCAGGAAUUAUGUUGAGGUGCCAAUCAUCAAGCCAGACGCCAGCAAUAUCCCUGAACAGUACCCUAUUGGCGUAUUGGCAUAG